AUCUUUCGAGAUGCCUUUACUCUCCACUCUGAUGAUUGAAUCUUCUUCGAUGGCGACUCCCAGAUUCGAACGUCAUCUACAAAUUUAUGACUGUUUUUGCUCAACUUUUUGUGCUGGAAAGUUGCAGUAUUAGAAUAAUACUCAAUAGUUUUACCAUUAGAGCUCGAAUGCUGAAACGCCUGUUCUCCAUUUUGAGGCGUGAAUGGCUGAUGGCUAUUUACAAAAUCAGUGACCUAUUUCUCGUUCGUUGCCUCCACUUUGGCUGUGAUCUUCUUCCAAAUCAAGAUCUCUUUUGCCAUAUGUGCGUGAGCAAAACACCUUCUGCAUCGAUUGUUCCUCGUUGCACGCUGAAUAGAUCCACUCAUUCCCGCUCCUCCGCUGCUUCUUCACCUAAAUCGAAACCACCGCCAUUGCAGAAAUUACAGAGAGAAACACAGAAGGAAAUGAGAAACAGAGAGAGACGAAACGAGAUCAGUGACGAUGAAGAUCCACAGGGAUCCACAGGAAAUUUUGGCGCCAAAUUCCUUCAGAAAUUUGGGCCAUCCGUCUCCUUCGUGGCCAAUUUUAGCAGAUGGGCUUCUCGUUUCGGGCUCAUAUUCAAACUCAUGGGCCAUUCAUUUGGGGUUUUCAUCAAUGCUCCCGAGGGCAAUCAUGGUAACUUCAAAUUAUUAAAAAAUUGGUAAAAAUAUCUCGCUAUUUUAUUUAAUAAAAAAAUCAAGCCUAUAAUAAGGUAUAAAUUGUCAAAUUUACCAAAGUAUAAAGUUCAAUUUAUAUGUAAUAUAUAAUAUCAAUAUUAUAUACUUAUUAUUACUUUAUAUUUAAAAUGA